AUGGCUGCCCCGAACCUCGCCCCCAAUCCACAACAACAGUCAUCUCUACCGCAGUUCACCAACACCCCCGCCCAACUCCAGCAACCACCCAGCAACCCGAGGGAGCGCAUCCAAUUUCUGGUCCAGCGAGCGAACGUUCUUCGCAACAACGGAUACACGCCGCAGAACAACGAGGAGCUGCAGAAGAUAUACGGGUGGAUCAAUAGUAUCCAACACCAGCUCAAGCAGGAACAGUCGGCGAAGGAACAUCCGCACCAGGGCCUCAAUGGUCAGGCCGCCGCCAUGACGAACGGUGCUGCCGUGGCGAACGGGAAUCCUCUCGCCUCUGGUCCCGCACCCCAACAAGCAUACCCUUCCGCCCCCCAAACCCCCGUAUCCUUUACGUCCGACCAGAUCAACGCUCUCCGCGCGCAAAUUCACGCCUUCAAACUUAUCUCUCGCGGGUUGCCAGUGCCGGAGUCCAUUCAGCAAGCCAUCCGUGUCCCGAACCAGGCAGUCCCCGACCUGCAGACCCUUCUCCAUGGCGCGGACGUUAACGCCCGGGUGAUUGACAGCGCUGUCAAGAUCCACAAGAGCGCGAGCGGCACGCCAGUGAAUGGGGUGGAGCACGCUAUCUCUGUUGGCGCGACCACCGAGAUUAUCAAGGACGAGGAAAUCGAGAUCACGACCGACCCCGACAAGCUGCCCAAGGGGCCGUUCAUGGAGGACGACGUCAACUCCGGCAUCUACCCCUACAACGCGUAUCUCCACCCAUUUACGCAUCUGAAGCGCGACCCGAAGGUUAGCCCGUCGAUGUGGGCGACGCGUAUGCAGCGCCUCCUCGUCCCGUCGGUGAUGCCUAUCGGACUUGACCCGCACCAGCUCAUCGAAGAGCGGAAUCACUACAUCGAUGCGCGCAUCGACCAGCGCAUUCGCGAGCUGGAGUCGUUGCCCGCCAUGAUGGGUGACGGUGGCUUGGAGAACCCGCUGGACGAGGGAGAGAAGGAAGAGCCGCGUUCGCUUGAGCAGCUCAUCCACCCCCCAGCAAACACGCAUGGCAAGCUGCGCGCGCUCAUCGAGCUGAAGUCACUCCGGGUGCUCGACAAGCAGCGCCAACUCCGCGCAUCGGUGACUGAGCGGCUCAUGCACGGGUCGCUGCUCCCGCUGAACCGAACAGACUUCCGACGAGUGAGGAAGCCGGCCGUACGUGACGCACGCAUCACGGAGCAGAUGGAGCGCAAGCAGCGUGUUGAGCGGGAGCGCCGGGCGAAGCAGAAGCACGUCGAGCAGCUCGGCAUCAUCUGCGCGCACGGUAAGGAGGUCAUCGCGGCCAACCGCGACGUACAAGCGCGGAUUCUUCGUCUUAGCAAGGCCGUGCUAUCGUUCCACUCGCAUACGGAGAAGGAGGAGCAGAAGCGGAUCGAGCGUCUGGCAAAGGAGCGUCUCAAGGCGCUCAAGAACGACGACGAAGAGGCGUACAUGAAGCUCAUCGACACGGCGAAGGACACGCGUAUCACGCACCUGCUCAAGCAGACAGACUCCUACCUGGACUCGCUUGCGCAGGCGGUCGUCGAGCAGCAGCGCGCCGACGGCUUCGAUCACGUGGAGGCGUUCGAAACCGAGGAAGGCCCCGUCAGCGAGGAGACCUUUGGUGCCAAGUCGUUCGGCCAGGAGGAAGACAAGAGCAAGCUCGACUACUACGCCGUCGCGCACAGGAUAAAGGAGAAGAUUACGCAUCAGCCGAGCCUGCUCGUCGGCGGAACGCUGAAGGACUACCAGAUCAAGGGUCUGCAAUGGAUGGUCAGCUUGUACAACAACAAGCUGAACGGUAUCCUCGCCGAUGAGAUGGGUCUCGGAAAGACUAUCCAGACAAUCUCGCUGAUCACCUUCUUGAUCGAGUCGAAGAGACAGCGCGGCCCGUACCUGGUCAUAGUGCCUCUCUCGACGAUGACGAACUGGUCCGGCGAGUUCGCCAAGUGGGCUCCGAACGUCUCGAUGAUCGCGUACAAGGGCAACCCGACGCAGCGGAAGACGCUUCAGACCGAUCUGCGCACGACGAACUUCCAGGUCGUCCUGACCACGUACGAGUACAUCAUCAAGGACCGCAACCACCUGAGCAGGCUGAAGUGGCUUUACAUCAUCAUUGAUGAGGGUCACCGCAUGAAGAACACGCAGAGUAAACUCGUGCAGACCCUCACGCAGUACUACCACUCGCGCUUCCGUCUCAUUUUGACAGGAACGCCGCUCCAGAACAACCUCCCUGAGCUGUGGGCGCUGCUUAAUUUCGCACUGCCGAAGGUGUUCAACUCGGUGAAAUCGUUCGAUGAAUGGUUCAACACGCCAUUCGCGAACUCGGGCACUGGCGACAAGAUCGAGCUGAACGAAGAAGAGGCCCUCCUCAUCAUUCGUCGUCUCCACAAGGUGCUGCGUCCCUUCUUGCUCCGUCGUCUCAAGCGCGAUGUCGAGUCGGAGCUGCCGGACAAGGUCGAGAAGGUGAUCAAGGUCCGCAUGAGUGCGCUGCAGGCGCAGCUCUACAAGCAGAUGAAGAAGUACAAGAUGAUCGCGGAUGGAAAGGACACGAAGGGCAAAAACGGCGGUGUGAAGGGUCUCAGCAACGAGCUCAUGCAGCUCCGGAAGAUCUGCCAGCACCCCUUCUUAUUCGAGAGCGUUGAGGACAGGGUCAACCCGAGCUCGGUGAUUGAUGACAAGCUCAUCCGUAGCUCUGGCAAGAUCGAGCUGCUCCAUCGUAUUCUCCCCAAGUUCUUCGCUACUGGUCACAGAGUCUUGAUCUUCUUCCAGAUGACGAAAGUCAUGGACAUCAUGGAGGACUUCCUGAAGAUGAUGGGCUGGAAGUACCUCCGUCUCGAUGGUGGUACGAAGACUGAAGACCGUGCGGGACACGUUGCGCUCUUCAACGCCCCGAACUCGGAGUACAAGGUCUUCAUCCUCUCCACGAGGGCUGGUGGUCUUGGUCUCAACUUGCAGACCGCCGAUACUGUCGUCAUCUUCGACAGUGAUUGGAACCCCCACGCCGAUCUGCAGGCGCAGGAUCGUGCGCAUCGUAUCGGUCAGACGAAGGUUGUCCGUAUUCUGCGCUUCAUCACGGAAAAGAGUGUAGAGGAGGCGAUGUUCGCCCGUGCUCGGUACAAGCUCGACAUCGACGACAAGGUCAUUCAGGCUGGUCGUUUCGACAACAAGUCGACGCAAGAGGAGCAGGAGGAGUUCUUGCGUUCCAUUCUUGAGGCUGAUCAGGAGGAAGAGAACGAGGAGGCCGGCGACAUGAACGACGACGAGAUCAACGAGCUGAUCGCCCGUUCGGAUGAGGAGACCAAGCUGUUCCAGGAGAUGGACAUGCAACGCGAGCGCGAGGCAGCCGAGAACUGGCGCAGGCUCGGGAACCGCGGCAAGCCCCCAAUGCCUCUCAUGCAGCUUGAGGAGCUUCCGGAGUGCUACCGCGCGGACGAGCCGUUCACUGACGUCAAUGAGAUCGACGAGCUGGAGGGCCGCGGGCACCGCCGUCGUACCACCGUCAACUACAACGACGGCCUCAGCGAUGACCAGUGGGCAUUGGCGCUGGAAGAAGGCGAGGACAUUCAGGAGCUCUCUGAGCGCGCGCGGGAUAAGAAGGAGCGCCGAGCGACCAGCAAGCUGGUCAGGCAAGCCGAGUCGAUCGGCUCCCCUGCGCCUGAGUUCGAGACUCCUCGUCCCCGUAAGAGCAGCAAGAAGGGCAAGGCUAAGGCCGAGCUCGACGUUCCUGCGAGCAGCAGCAAACGCAAACGCGGAGGUGGCAAGUCGACCUCCAUGACACCCUCUAUCAUCGAGGAUGACGACGACGACCGUGACGCGAAACGUCGCAAGAAGGGGAUUGAGCUCCCGACUGGUAUCAAGGAGCAGAUGAAGAAGUCCUUGAACGACAUCCACAAGGCCGUCCAGAACCUGGAGGAUGAGCACGGCCGCAAGCGAAGUGAUCUCUUCCGCGAGCUCCCUGAUAGGAGGGAGUAUCCCGACUACUACCAGCUUAUCAAGCAGCCCAUCGCCCUGUCGACGAUCCGCAAGCGCAUCAGCUCGCACUACUACAAGAACGUCCUCGACUUUCGGGAAGACAUGCGCCUCAUGUUCAAGAACGCGCGGACGUACAACCAGGAGGGCUCCUGGGUGUAUAUCGACGCCGACGAGAUGGAGAAGGUCUUCGACGCCGCGUUCGCGAAGCUGAUCACCGGCAGCGGCCUCCCCGGGGCGCCCUCCGGCACCGCUGGCGGGUCCUCUGGGGGAUACGACUCGGCGCUGACGCCGAUGGACGAGGACGACCGGCCGGCGCCGCGGGCGAAGAGCGCGCGCAAGCAGGUCAUCAGCGACGACGAGUACAUGACGCAGAGCGACGAGGAGUGAUUGGGCCGUCGUGCAUGUUUUGCUUUCCGGACACCUCGCUAGUACUGUUCUUGGUCCGUUUCUGUAGUAUUAUCGUUGUAGUUAUUACUUGUAAUGUCAGCCCCGCCUAUGGAUAGC